AUGGGUUCAGGUGGAAGUGGCGGCAUUGGCAACUACGGCGGAAUGAGCGGGUACGGUGAUCGAGGGACUGCGGACAGAGGUUACGGAGGUGCAACUGGCGGCUACGGUGGAAUGAACGGCGAUAGAGGUGGAUACUUUGGUGGAUAUCGAAGUGUCAGACGAAAUAGCGUAACAAGCACUGACCGACGUUUGAGAAAUGGUGUACGGAAUGGUGGCAAAAGGAUCAGCCCGGUGGUACUCAGCGGAACAAUGGAGCAGAUGAGUGACACUUUUCCAUCGGGUGUGGCUAUUGGCGUGGACGGACUUCCAGAC